UUUUAUUUUUUUAAAAAAGUUAUAUGGCACAAACUUUACUGGACGGGUGACUUGUGGUUGAUAAAAGAUUUUCUCCGACUAACGGCGGAUAAUGCAGUGAAGGGACGACGAUGAUUCUGAUAACUUCACCGACGGUGACGUAUCUCCGUCACCGCCUCCACACUUCCCAAACCAGUUCGCCUCGCCAUUUCCGCCGGAGCAGAGAAAUCUCGACCGUCGAUCGGUGCUGCAAUCCAUGGCAGACAACGACGGAUCGUUUCAAAUUACGAACACGAAACAGUUCCUCGUUCUCGUGCUGUGCUCGCCGGAAACCAGAUACGGCGACGGUUGAGAUCGAAGAUGAUUAUAAACGGAGAAUCGUUCGGUAUCUUCUGUGGACUGCUGAAGCUGUGUAUAUACUAUGGCUAUUUCUUCUUCCUUAUGCUCCUGGAGAUCCAGUGUGGGCAAUUAGUUCAGAGACAGUGAAUUCUCUUUUGGGACUUUCUCUGAAUUUCUUCUUUGUCUUGCCUCUUACAAACUCUGCUGGUAUUCAAUUCUUACAAGCUCCUGUUCUUCACCCGAUGGCUGAAGGGUUAUUCAACUUUGUAAUAGCUUGGACACUCAUGUUUGCUCCGUUGCUAUACACAGACCGAAAGAGAGAUGGAUACAAAAGCUCUCUUGAUGUCUUAUGGGGUCUCAUGAUGUUCCUCACAAACACGUUUCUAAUCCCAUACAUGGCUUUACGGCUCACUGACGCUGACCAGAAUGAUAAACCUAGCAAAAGGUCUCAACUUGGCGAAGCAAUGACCAAGGGUGCGCCAAUAGUUGGUCUGACCGGAGCUACGGUGUGUCUGAUAUCAACAUUGUGGUCUCUCUAUGGUCGAGCAGAUGGAGAUUUCGGUGGAAUAAUGGACAGAUGGCAGUAUCUCAUUGGUUAUUUGGGAUCGGAGAGACUAGCUUACGCUUUUAUAUGGGAUAUAUGUCUGUACACAAUUUUUCAGCCGUGGUUGAUUGGAGAGAACCUGCAAAAUGUGAAGAAGGGCAAGAUUGAGUUGGUGAGUUAUCUUAGGUUUGUUCCUGUUUUUGGUUUGCUUGCAUAUCUUUUGUUUCUCAAUCUCGAUGAUGAAGCAAUUUAAUAAGUUAUUUAAUUGGUAUACACAAUCAUGUAUUGUAU